CAGAUGUUAUGUUCUGAAGGUGCUGUUGGCUCGUCGAACCAUCACAGUUGUGCACAGACCACAUAUUUGAGUGGAUCUAUCGCGAAGUCUUAUGCGAUUAAAUCAUUUACGUUUUUGCGGUUAAAUACAUCGUUCAAUAUGUCAGUGUUAAAAUCAAUAGCGGUGUUCCUGUUGGUGGUGAUGGCAAAUAAUGUCAGAGGUCAGAUUAUUCUUCCUGGGGGAUGUCCGGAUGUUACUGCAAUGUCCGACUUUGUUCCCGGCCGGUAUUUGGGCAAAUGGUACGAGGCAGAGAAAUACUUCGCAAUAUUCGAGAUGGGGGGGAAGUGUAUAACCGCGACGUAUUCGGCUGAAGACGACGGGGUGAUUGGAGUCAAGAACCAACAGAUCAGCACUUAUACUGGUAUGAAGUCUGAGAUAGUAGGCGAGGCGACACAGGAGAGCCGCGAUGCCGGCAAGCUUGUUGUGCGGUUUCCUUCUCUGCCAGUCAACGUUCCAGCACCGUACUGGGUAGUGGACACGGACUAUGAUAACUACGCUCUUGUGUGGGGCUGUUUGGAUCUUGGCAUCAUGCAUACAGAGAACGCUUGGAUCCUCACCAGAGCACGUCAUCCACAGCUGAGUGUCCUGGAGGCAGCUUACGCAGCCGCAGACAGAAACAAUAUUAAACGAUCAUACUUCAUGAGGACAGAACAGAGUGACUGUCCGAAUAACUAAAUAUUAAUUUAAUUAGAGUUAUAGCUAAUGUGUUACAAAUACUUAUAGUGAGUCAACUCCUUAUUCGCUUAAUACCCUGUCUCGAAUUAUAGUCGCUAAAAUUAGCACUUGAUCUUGCUACAAGAUGUUGCCUUACUCGUGUAACGGCCGUUACAGAUAAAUUACUACCUUCUAAUGUCAGUAAUUAGCUGUCAAUAAUCUGAAGCUGUCCCAAUUUACCCGAUAAGUCAUUCUUAUCCCCUGAUAUUCGGACGCGUGAAUUGCAAUUUCAAUACAAACUUAUAUCGCUGGUAAGCUAUACAUCCUCCCAUUGACAGACAGCGUGUACGGAUAAGGUGAGUUACCGUCGAAAAGUUUAUUGGGACAGAAAAGUCAACGAUAAUUACGAUUUUUAUCUCAAGUAAGAGAGACUGAAUAUUGAGAAAGCCCGUAAGACAAUGACUAUUUGACGUUUGAGUAUUUGUCAUCACUUUACAUAUUAUAUAUUGUAAUUUAAAUGAUUCGUAAAACGAUGAAGUUGUAAAUGUUGUUUUAAAAGAGUAGCAAUGAGUUUCGUGCCACUUCUUCAUAUUAAAGCUUAGUACCUUUUCCGUGGUGGUAAAUGUAUAAGGACAAGAAAACUUUUGACAUUCAUAAGUGUAAUUCUCCUAACCUACAUGAAUAAAGUAAUUUUGAUUUGAUUUGAUUCUACGUAUAUCCGCUUACAGCACAGAUGGUACGCAUAUUUAAAGUAACAAGUAGAAACUUUCACUAGCAAGUAACACCAUCGUGUUUCGGCAUAAAAACGCCAGAUACGUACCUUUAAUCGAUUUUGUGUACAUGAUAUGCCUGAAUGCGAGUACCGGUACGCAAAGGAGUAAGCCGGUAUCACCACACCCCACAUUGAUCUAUUUGUUGUCCGAGUUGACAUACUAGUUGUAUUUAUAACACAAUAUAUGGCUAUUGCUAGCUUAUAGAAUAAGUUCUAAUAAUUUUUAUAAUUGUGUUUAAACAUGCCACAAUUGAUUAAUAUAGAGCCAAUUGGGUAUAUAUAAAAUACAUAAAGAAGUUUGAUUCAUUGACUCUAUAUUGAGAAGAAUAAUGAUAUUUUUAUAUGAAAUACUGUAUUUAAGUAAGCUCAUAUUGUAUUGUACCCACAACCAUUACAAACAUACAAUAAGCAGAAAUAUACGUUCUAUUCUUUUUUCACCUAAAAAGAUGUCGACAAAUUUUUUAAACAUUAUAAAUUUAUUCAUAGAUAUUUAGUUAGUUUUGAUUUGUAAUGUACAAUUUAAACUAAAGAUAUAGAAAUUAUAUAAUAUUAUGUAGUGUUAUUACAAUAAUUCCUAAAUGCCAUUGGUCAGUGGUCUAAGUGAACUUUACCGUUUGUCAAUUUACUGGAUUAAAUAAAACAAAAAACUUAUGAAAAA